AUGGAGUUCUGGUGCAGCUGCGCCAUCUUCACCCUCAUCAUCUCUCUGCUCAUCUCUGCGUUACUACUGCUACAUAUCCUCAAGCCCCCUAAACAAGCUAAAACUACUAGAGCCACUCUCCCUCCGGGACCCUCUGGUUUCCCCCUCAUCGGCAACCUCCUCCUCUUCCGCAAACCCUUCUCCGACCUCGAACCUAUCCUCCGCAACCUCCACGCCCGCCACGGCCCCCUCGUCACCCUCCGCCUGGGCUCCCGCCCCGCUAUCUUCGUCGCCGACCGCUCCCUCGCCCACCAUGCCCUCAUCCAACGCGGCGCAGCCUUCGCCGACCGCCCCCCCGCCCUCCUCACCGGCCGCAUCACCACCAGCAACCAGCGCACAGUCAUGUCCGCCUCCUACGGCCCCACCUGGCGUCGCCUCCGCCGCAACCUCACCUUUCACAUCCUCAACCCCACCCGCGUCAACUCGUAUGCGCAUGCACGCGCCCGCACUUUGCACACUCUCGUCGACCUCCUCUCAGCCGAGGCUCAGUCCGGACACCCCGUUCGAGUCCUAGACCACUUCCAGCACGCGAUGUUUAGUCUGCUGGUUUUCAUGUGUUUCGGGGACGAGGUCGACGACGAUAAGGUUCGAGGAAUCGAAGCUGUCCAGCGCAAACAGCUUGCGUCCUUCAACAGGUUCAAUGUGCUCAAUCUCUGGCCGAGGUUGGGGAAGGUUUUGUUCCGUAAACGUUGGAAGGAGUUCCUGCAGAUGAGGAAAGACCAAGAAGAUCUACUCAUCACUCUGAUAAGAGCCCGAACCGAUGGGAAAGCCAAAGAAGAAGUUGAGAAAGAGCGUGUGAUGUCCUACGUAAAUACAUUGAUAGGACUUGAACUCCCGGAGGAGAAGAGAGAGCUUAAUGAAGGAGAAAUGGUGAGUCUAUGCUCGGAGUUUCUAAACGCCGGUACGGACACAACGGCGACCACGCUGCAGUGGAUAAUGGCCAACCUGGUGAAAUACCCACAUGUGCAAGACAAGCUUUUCGCAGAGAUAAAUGGGGUUCUGCGGGGAGAAUUUAAAGAAUUGAAGGAGGAUGACUUGGACAAGCUGCCAUAUCUGAAAGCUGUGGUGUUGGAGGGGCUGAGAAGGCACCCUCCAACCCACUUCGUGGUGCCUCACGCCGCGGCGGAGGAAGGCAUUGAGCUGGGCAGCUAUGGGGUGCCCAAAAACGCGCUCGUAAACUUCAUGGCGGCGGAGAUGGGGUGGGAUCCGGAGGUGUGGGAGGACCCAAUGGAGUUCAGGCCGGAGAGAUUCUUGAAAAGCGACAAGAAUGGGGAAGUGGGUGAAGUAGGGUUUGAUUUGAAAGGGGUGAGGGAGAUCAAAAUGAUGCCGUUUGGGGCAGGGAGGAGGAUGUGUCCCGGGUAUGGGUUGGCCAUGCUCCAUUUGGAGUACUUCGUGGGAAAUUUGGUUUGGAAUUUUGAGUGGAAGGGUGAAGGGGUCGAUCUGUCGGAAAAGCAAGAAUUCACUUUUGUGAUGAAGUAUCCUCUUGGGGCCAUCUUAUCUCCAAGGUUGAAAUCGAAUUGA